GACUUGCCAAAACUAUAGUUUGUUAACAAGACAUUUGUGGAGUGGUUGAAAAACGAGUUUUAAUGACUCCAACCUAAGUGUAUGUAAACUUCUAACUUCAACUGUAAACACUGGCCUGAUGCCCUCCUAGUAGAAAAAGUAUCUUGUGACACAUCCUAGGAAACAUCAUGGUCUAACCACUUCGACACACAUGUACCAUGAAAACAUUAUGAAAGUCUCUUCCCGUAAUCAUCAUGGGGCAACUUGAGCAAUAGGAUUCAAGUAUUGCAGCGGUGCAAGUAGUGGAUGGGAAAAGUGUUUACAUCGGUGAUAUUAAGUCUGACCUUGAUAUGUGGAUAAUUACAGGGGGGGAAAUGUAUAUAAUGUAUAUAUUUUUAAAAAAAAGUCAUUGUGGUGACCUUAUGCAAGCGUGGAUUAGCCUAUAUCUAUUUAGCAAUUAACGCGUUGAUUGGGUGGCAUCCAUCUAUGAAUAAUCACGUUCUGAAGCAUUUCACAAUUGGUGUGUUUUCUUCUGGCCAGUGACGAAACACCCUAUCAGUGUCAAUAACCUCUUGCUUCUCGUGUGUGUGUGUGUGUGUGUGUGAUCGCUUUGGGUGUGGUGUCAUGUGAGUAACCUUCUGAGUGUAGGGCUUCCUUCCUCAUCACUUCUAUAGAGUGGAACACAUCUGCACUACCAGCCCACAUAGGGGGUGGCUGUCCACACACCGCAUCACUACCAACGGCAUCGCUGCACCAGUGGGUUGUGAGACAGCAGAGCUCCAGUGGAGAGAUUGUUUUAGCCUGAGUCUGAGCCCACAUCAGGAGUUCUACACUCACCCAAGUCCUGCCUUGUCCAACCUGAACCAGCCAUUUUCUCACUUGCCAAGCCCUUCACAACCCAGCCAUGGAUGCCCUGUCCUCCCUGAGCUCUUCAACCUCCUGCUCUCAUCUGUACCUCUGGGCCAGCAACACCACCAACAGCAGCGCUAUUAACAUUGAUGUGAUCCUGGAGCACUACAACCACACAGGGCGCCUGCAGCAUCGCGUGCCCCGCCAGGGUGGCCUGAGCUCGGCAGCGGUCCUCUCCCUCUUCAUCAGCGUCCUCAUCAUCCUGGAGAACCUGCUGGUCCUAGUGGCCGUGCUCUCCCGGAUCCUCCACAGCCGCCGCUGGGUCUACGUGUGCAUCGCCAACAUCACCCUGAGCGACCUGCUGGCCGGGGCGGCCUACGUGGUCAACAUCUGGAUGUCGGGCAGCCAGACGUUCAGACUGAGCCCGGCUCUGUGGCUGUUCAGGGAGGGGGUACUGUUCGUGGCCCUCGCCGCCUCCAUCUUCAGCCUGCUGCUGAUAGCUGUGGAGCGCUACACCACCAUGAUGAAGCCGCUGCACCAGAAGUCGGCCAGGAAGACGUAUCGUAUCUACGGCCUGGUGGCUCUGUGCUGGAUUGUGGCCUUUGCCAUCGGCUUCCUCCCCCUGCUGGGCUGGAACUGCGUGUGCAGCCUGGAGAGCUGCUCUACCCUGCUGCCGCUCUACUCCAAGAGCUACAUCCUCUUCUCCCUUCUCAUCUUCUCCCUCAUCCUGCUGGCUAUCGGCGUGCUCUAUGGCGCCAUCUACAGCCACGUGCGCAGCAGCUCCAAGGUGGGCUCCCAGCGCAGCCGCAAGCGCUCCCUGGGGCUGCUGAAGACAGUCAUCUCCAUCGUGGGUGUGUUCAUCAUAUGCUGGGGGCCUCUGUUCAUCCUGCUGCUGGUGGACUUCUUCUGUGUGUCGCGGCAGUGCGCACCGCUCUUCAGCGCCGACUGGGUCAUCGCCCUGGCCGUGAUAAACUCGGCCCUGAACCCGGUCAUCUACACCCUGGGCAGCACAGAGCUGAGGAAGGCCAUUGCCGGCUUGUUGUGCUGCUGCUGCCUCAGGGCAGGCCUCUGUCACCCUGACACCUUUGUGUCCAAGGAGACCAGCAGCACCGGGAGCAUCAGGCACAGCAGCCUGAGGAACAGUUUCAAUAAGAUCAGGAGUCUCACUGUCAACCCCCCGCCUGCACCCAAUGCCCCCAAGAAGAGCCGCCGCCUGAGCUCCACCACCACCUGCCUGUCUGUGUCAAGCGGUUAGACCACAACGGGCUGCCUGGGGCAGGCGUAGCUGUGUGUGUGUUUGAGAGACAUAGAGAGAGAGAGAGUCAGUGGAGGUUCCUCAGAGGAGGAAGGGGGGGGGUCUUCCUACUCAGGGAGUUUCAUAAAAGUAAAAAUAUAAAAAAUACAAAUAUCAAUUAUUAAUUUGUAGCAUACUGCAAUUAAAGCCAGACUAAGUCAAUGGCACAGAUGGAACUAUCCAAGCAGAAGAUCUCCAUCAAAAAUCGAAGUUAAAGAAUAUGACUAAAUCUAAUCAAAUUUAAAUGCAAUUUAAAUCAAGUUUGAUUUAGUCUUACCAGUCUCAUUUGAUUUAGUCUUAAUAGCUGUUGAUGAAUUUGCAAUGCUAUAUAGACCUAAAUAGUAUAAUUGAUGAUGUAAGUCGCUCUGGAUAAGAGCGUCUGCUAAAUGACUUAAAUGUAAAUGUAAAUAUAGGACUUAUAAUGUAUGGUUACAUUUCCUUUGCUCUGUUAAACCUACCCUUUGGAACUACUUUGAUAGCAACAGUGAAUAUAUUUAGUUAUUGAGAGGUCUCUGAAUAAUCACUCACAAUAGCACAUUGGUAGUAGGUGAUAUAAAAACUAAGCUGGGUUUGGUUAAAACCCUGUAUUGGAGACCAAAUGAAUAGUUGUAGAUCAAUUCUCCAAUAGGAGGUGCUGCCCAGACACAUUUUAUUUCCUGAUAUUGGACAUCCCGUUGAUGAUCUGACAGUUUCAAAAGGUACAAAUUCAAUUUACUGUAUUUUAAAGAAGGGUUGUCUAUGUUGAAAAGUGGUUACUAUGAUGACAUAAUCCUGUGGUUGACAUUUCACCCUCAAAACAAAAGUUUAUGACUUUUUUCAAAUCCAAUGUAUUUUCCACGUAACAUAUACAUUGUCUAAUUACACUGAGACAAUGUUGAUUCAACCAGUUUGUGCCCAGUGGGUCAAGGUAGGUAUAGGGCAAAUUCUAGUAUCAUGUAGUAGCCUAAACCUAUCGAUGUUACAUUGAGCUGGAUGAAUGGAAUAUGAAAUGACAGUCAUCCAAUAUGCUGAAAUAGAAAUAAGGCCAAGCUCAUAAGAAAAAGAUUGUCCUCCCAAAUCUGAAAGGGCACUAACUGCCACUGGUGUGUGUGUGUGUGUGUGUGUGUGUGUGUGUGUGUGUGUGUGUGUGUGUGUGUGUGUGUGUGUGUGUGUGUGUGUGUGUGUG